GCGGAAGCGGCUUCGGUGUCGCGUCUUGUGCGCCGGAAGUCAUCUUGUCAUGCUGUGCCAGUGACCUUCCUGUCCCCAUGUGAGAGAAGGAGCCGAGACCGGGGAUGAUGCUGAGGGGCGUCCUGCUGACCUGCGGGCGGAGAGGGCCCGGGAUAAGGCUCCUCUCGUCUUUCUCCUCAGAACCGGCCGUCCCUCCCAACCUCAUUUUGCCUCCUGGCUUAAAAGAUGGUCCCAUAAAAUUCCAGCGCCCCCCUGUGGACCUCUCCCGGCCUGUGCUGCGAGAAUGUAAGAUCCCGGUGCCCCCUCAUUUAUCGGCCCGGACCGUCUGGUUGGAAUCCCUGGAUGACCAGGAGGGGGAACCAUCGAGCUUGGUCCAGCUGCACCCGGAUGUGUUUGAUGUCCCCCCCAGGAUUGAUGUCCUUCACCAAGUGGUAACAUGGCAGCGAAACUUUAAACGAAUUAGCUACGCCAAGGUGAAGACACGAGCGGAGGUCAGAGGAGGAGGAAGAAAACCCUGGGUACAGAAAGGCACUGGGCGAGCGCGACAGGGAAGCAUCAGGUCCCCUCUGUGGAGAGGAGGUGGAGUAGCACAUGGUCCCCGGGGCCCUACAAGCUAUUAUUACAUGUUACCCAUGAAGCUCCGUGUUCUGGGCCUAAAGACUGCGCUGACCGCUAAGCUUGCCCAGAACGAUCUUCACAUAAUUGACUCCAUUGAGAUUCCUACCCCGGACCCCGAGUACCUCGCAGAGCUCUUUAACCGGCGACAUUGGGGGGAGUCUGUGCUCAUCGUUGACGUCAAUGAAGAGAUGCCAGACAACAUUCUCAGUGCAACAGUCGACUCGAAGAAGAUUAAUCUAAUUCCAGCCAUAGGUAUAAAUGUCUACAGCAUGCUGAAGCACGAUACCGUCCUGCUGACCAUCGGAGCUGUGGAAUUCCUAGAAGAAAGAUUACUGUGGCAAGAUUCCCGAUACUCAGCCCUGUACCCUUUUAGUUUACCCUACAGCGACUUUCCUUAAGGACUUGGCUUGAUUUUUUUUUUCUUUUUGUAUAUAUUAUUACAUUUCAAUAAAAGUAAAGAAAA